AUGACUUUCAGACUUACUUCCAACAACAUGGAAUUAUCCAUGAGACGACUUGUCCUCAGACACUGCAACAAAACUUGUGUUGCUGAAAGAAAGAAUCGACAUCUUCUUGAAACCGCCCGCACACUUCUGAUUGGCGCUCAUGUUCCUCGCCAUCACUGGGAUGAUGCUAUUGUCACUGCAGUUCACUUGAUCAACCACAUGCCUUCUGGUGUAUUGACCUUUAAAACUCCCUUAUAA